GUUAGCCUAGCCUAACGAGCUUGUUGAGCUAACUAGCUAAGCUAGCUGCUUUACAGACAGAAAAUCUGUUUAUUUAUCAAGUUAUAUAUUUCGCUAUUUCACCUAAUUAGAACAGCAGUCAUCGGAGUGACAGGUCAUGGAGAAAAUUGUUAAAGAUGUGGGUGAUAUUCAGUCCAGACUGUUGGACCACAGACCUGUCAUCUCUGCAGAAGCUCGCUACUUUGUCAGAGAGUUUGAGGAGAAACGGGGCUUUAGGGAGAGCCGGCUGCUGGAGAACCUCAAUAAAAUGGUGCAGGAGUCAAACGAACAAAUGGUGCUGGCAGUAUCGGAGGAACGCAGCCAGCAGCUGUCUGACAUCAUUAAACGCUUGGAGGCUGCUAAUCACAUGGCAGAGAGAAUCCAGCAGAGGGAGCUAGAGGCUCAACAGGGCGUCCAGCUGCAGGCGAACAUGGAGAAAUUAAAGGAGGACUGGACAGAGUUUCUGAAGGAGCAGCAGAGGUUAAAGGAGGAGGUGGACGAGGAGCACGCCAAGGCUGUGGGAGAGCUCAGCACUCGGUUUAAUGAAAAGAAGAAGGAGUUGGCUCAGUUUUCAUUCAGCUGAGUUCAUGGAUGAAUUCAGUCAGCACCUUGGUAGUAAAGUGCUAAUUAAACUACAAUAACUGUUACCGUGCUUUGCAAGGCAGGUGCGCUUUUUAUUUAUAGCACAACACGUGACGCCCAAAAACCUUUUGUUUCUGAUUCUGCUUUUAUUUUGAAAGGAUGAUGAACUGGUUAGCCUGUACCUUUCCAUGUUGAUCCAUCUGACAGGAGACUGCAGGUUUUUAUCCAGACCACGAGAACGUGCUGAUUUAUUUUAAACUAAAACAUGAAUCAGGUAAUUGUCCGUCAUCACAAGGAGCUUCAAUCAUUAGUUCUUGUUUAGAUGAACGUGUUAAAGCGAUUUUUUUUUAUAUCGGGCGCACUCUCCUUAAAUGAAGAAGGCUGG